GUUUGUAAAAACAUAUGAUUUUUGUUUUCAUUCAAACAUAUCAAUAGUAUUUGAGACAAGGAGUGCAUCUAAUGACGUGAUAAUGGACACAGAGAUCAAGACCAUCGAUCACUAUAAACGUCUCUACGAAGAGUCCUUCAUUAAUAGCGACCACUUCUGGAGACAAAUGUGUCAACACUUCCAGUGGCAGACAAUUGGCAACAAGUCUUCAGUCUUGUCAUACAAUUGGGACACAUCUUCGGCACCAAUUGGCGUCCACUUCAUGAGUGGCUCGCAAACCAAUGUCUGCUAUAAUCUGAUCGAUAGAAACAUAAGUUUAGGUUUUGGUGACCGAAUCGCUUACCACUGGGUUGGCCACGAGUUUGAGCUGAAGAAGUCACUCACAUAUCUUGAGCUGAGAGACAAAGUCUGCAAAUUUGCGAACGUCUUGAGAGGGUUUGGUCUCCGGAAGGGCGACGCGAUUGUCAACUAUUUGCCGGAUGUCUUGCAAACCGUGGUCUCCAUGUUGGCUGCCAUCAGACUCGGACUCGUUUACGCCAACACUUUCCCGGGAUAUUCAGCGCAGUGUUUGGCCGAACGUAUGCUUGACUUGAAGUGUCAGGUUUUGGUCACUUCUGAUGUCUAUUAUAGCUAUAAAUCAUUCAAUGAUUUAAAGAGAUAUUCAGACCAAGCGAUUGAUAUUUGCCGACAAAACAAUCAUGAGAUCAAAGCCAGAAUUUUUGUCAAAUAUCUGUCGGAUGGGAGUUAUGAACAAAGUAUGAAAGACUAUAGCAUUGAUUUGGACCCCAAACUCGACCACUGGUGGCAUGAAUUGAUGGACAACUCAGACACUGAUUGUCCUCCAGUUUGGGUCGAUUCUGAAGAUCCAUUAUUUGUCAUAUUUUCGAGUGGAAGUACAGGCAAACAGAAGGCUAUAGUCCACACGAGCGGUGGACUUAUGGUAUUGAGUGCUUUGGUGUUUAAGUAUGCCUUCAAUUAUAGCGAUGGGGAUGUGCUCUACUGUUCCGGUUGUUUGGGUUGGAUUACCGGCCAAUUCAGUCACGUUUACGGCUCUCUGGCCAACGCGGCUACUGUUGUC